GAUGAAAAAGUCUGCUCCGAGUAGCCCUGCAGCCUGCAACAUGAGUCCCCGGCUGGAGAACACCAACACACCUUCAGUGUUGGUGUCAUUUGAAGAUUUGGCUGUGUACUUUACCCAGGAAGAAUGGCAGAAUAUGGAUGAUACUCAGAGGGCCCUGUACAGGGAGGUGAUGCUUGAGACAUAUAACAAUCUGCUGUCCUUGGGGUACCAAAUGACAAAGCCUGAUGUGAUCCUCAAGUUGGAGCAAGAAUCAGUACCACAGACAGUGGAAAGCUCUGUCAACCAGGCACUUUCAGAUCCCUACAGAAAGAAUGAGCUGCUUGGAGCUAAUCAGCAAAGUCAAUUCAUAAUUUUCAGGCAAGUUGUAAUGAUAAAAAUUACAUAA